AUGAAAUCUCCACAAGUUAUCUUCAAACUGGAUAUCCCCUCUGGUGUGGCAGAAAGAGACGGCACAGCCCGUGCUCGAGAUGUGGCUUCUGCAAGCAAGGCUUCUUUGGUGGUGGCAGCGAGCAUGAGCGCGGUGGAGGCGCUCAAGGAUCAGGCGGGGUUGUGCCGGUGGAACUACGUCCUCAGGUCUCUGCAGCAGCAGGCGAAGAACGACGGCGUGGGGUCCUUGUCUCGGGCCAAGAGGACAACUUCAUCCAUCGACAGGAGGAGGAGAGGAUGGUCAGAGGAGGCACUGAGGACGGUCAUGUACUUGAGCUGCUGGGCUCCCAACUAGAAAGAGAGGCCUUUUCUCGUCUCUUCCAUCGGUUCUCGUGAUGGUUCAUUUAUUGAAAUUAGUUGUGGUCACAAUGGAUUCAAUCUCGAGUUGUAUAUAUGUUAGUAGAAAAUUAAUCAAAUAAAUAAUACUAUUGGUUUA